AUGAAUCGUCCUCUUUUUCGAGCACGAAAUCUUGAUCCCAGUAAACGUAUCCGACUACUUGUCGAUCAACAUGACGAUAACAACAAUACACUCACUAAUCCAUCAUCAACUUCCUCAUCUUCUAUAUCCAAUUCACAUUUACCACAACGAUGUGUACCACAAAUGCCCUUCGUGUCUGGAAUGGAACGAGAAGAAGAAGCGGAGUACCAUCUUCAAAACGCAUUGGACGCUCAAAGACGACUCGGCUCAGCAAAAAUGCGUGCUGUCCCAAUUCCUGAUCUUUAUGAAGAUCCUAAUAGUCAGUCGAUAUAUCCAGCAACUAUACAAUUACCUAAACAACUUAUUCGCCUACAACCUUUGCAACUCGAAUCCGAUGACCCGGAAUAUGAUAUGGAUAAAGUCGAUCAUGAUUGGUUCAAUGAUCAUGGUCGCAAAUCUUGUCCAAAUCUUACACAUCUCGAAUACGAGAAGAUUGUUGAUAAACUUGAGAAUGCAAGCACACGAACGCUCAUUUCAUUCGAUGAAGCACAAACAUUACUUCCAACUGUUGAUCUAGCACAUUUAAAGAUUGUCUAUACAUUUUGGAAUGAACGACGAACAUCAGUGGACAAACGGUUGAAAGCCCGCUUACUAACAGAACGUGAUAUCAAAGAAGAAAAAGGAAAACAACAUCCUUAUGUCGCAUUUCGACGACGUGUCGAAAAAAUGACCACAAGAAAAAAUCGAAAGAAUGAUGAGCAAGCCUAUUUAUCUAUGCUCAAAUUGCGUGCAAAUUUCGAAGCUCUCGUCAAGUUGACCAGUUCAAUUAAACACCGGGAAGCGAUCAAAGCAUCUUUGCUAGAAUGUGCAUUGUCCAUUUUCAAAGCACGAUGUGAAGCAAAACCGGAUGAUGAAAUAUCAGCUAUGACGUCCUCGACCUACUCAUCUAUCACAUUACCAACCAACCAUGAUCGACAUUCUCAUUAUCAACAAGCUCGUUCGAAUUUGAAAGCAACUCUAUUGAUGAACAGUAACAGUAGCUUAACGGCUACUCAGCAUCAACAAUUGUUGUCACAAUUGAUUCGACUUGAUAAUCAAAAGAAGAACCAAUUGUCAUCAUCCACAUUAGCUAGUCUUCUUCAAACACCCAUUCAGCCACAACAAUCACGAUCGUUGUCAAAUGAUCCUAAUGAUCCAUUGCAACCAAAACUAAAACGAUUCAAAGGAUCGCUGGAUUCUUCGAUGAAUAACAACAACAAUCUGUCGUCAUCGAAGAAACUAUAUCGUAAACUCAACCAUCCGGACAAACUAACACAGUUAUUAUCAUCACCGACAACACCCUCAACUCCCACUGUACAUAAUCUAGCCUUACAACCAUCCACUAACAUACCACAAUCGAUACUGGAGCGAUUGUCGCCAGGAAACGUAUUUACAGCACAACAACAACAACAACAGUGUGGUCGACGUCGUCCGAAGAAUUCACUAUCAGGGACAAUUAAACAGGGAAAAAAUCAUCGAAACCUACCGUUGGCUGAUUUGUGGUCCCUUACAGGAAAUACAUCAGAUGGAGCAAUCUUGCUCAAAGCUCAGUUUCUUGAAGCAGCGAAGAAACUGCAACAAAAAGAGGAGCUUGAGAAUAGCACAAAUCGUCGUGUUAUUAUGCAAGAUGGCUCGUCUAUACUAUCAACGUCAAACGAGAACAUCAAUGGUUCAUUUGAUGGAACGGGAACGAGUAUUGAUGAUGAAGAAACCAGCGACCCUUGGCAAUUUCGACCGAAGGCUGGUUGUAGAUAUCUAAGGCCAAUCGACCAAGAUAAACAGCAGAGAGCACAAACUCAACGCUCAGCUUUUUCAUCAUUCUACUAUGUGGCUUGUUCUGAACGAGGCCAUCUCGGCAAACGACGUGUACGAUUAGGACGGGGUGGAAGAUUGCUCUUCGAUCGUCACAUCGAACAGGAGAAUAAAGAUUUAACUGAUGAUUCAUUUCUCUCAUCGCACAUCGCCAAGAAACCUGUGUUAUGGCGUCUCUCAUCUCGGCCACUAUUGAAAGACUCGUAUCCUUCUCAAUCAUACUUAACAGUUAAAGAUCAUACGAUGUCAUUAGCACAUCAUUACCAUUCGAAACCAUCCGUAGAUUCAUCCAUUCGUUUCAAUAAUUCAACCUACGAUGUAAAUAAUUGCUUAUCGUUGAAUACUGGUGGUAAACACCCUCCGUCAUCGUCACUAUCAUCGUCUGUUGAACUCGAUCAUCCGUAUUCAUGUUCAUCGCGACGCGUCAGUCAAGCUUUGCGUACGUUGGUUGAACCGCAACCUCCAUCACCGUCGUCACCGCCGCCAUUAUCUUCGUCAAAUUCUAUUUCAACAACACAACAGAUGAUGCUUAUGUCAACACCACCAACACCACCACCUUCUUCAACUAUAAAUAAUAACGACAUCGACAUUUCACAACAGGACCACGCUGAACAGCAAGAGUUUCCCACGAAAUCGACAUUUGCAUCGUAUGUCCAGUCGCCAGCGACGCAAUUUUUCUCUGCACAUCAGUCAUACGUUAUUCCAUCAACACAGCCCUCUCAAACAACGUCAUCGUCAACUACGACUGUUAUUCAACCGUCAUCGCCAAUGUCGGCAAAACAACCACCAUCGUCAUGUGGUCUCGUUCAAUUAGUUCAGCUUCAUCGUAUUCAUCCUCCAACUAAUACGCAUAAAUUUGCAUCAUCAACACCGGUGACUACAUCCGAUUCUUGA